AUGUUGGGUUUUUUCUUCUUUCUUUCUCGCUCUCUCUUCCUCCCGCAGGGCAAGUCUGGCGGAGGGGACAACGUCAUGGUGUGCGUGCGAGUGCGCCCCAUGAAUAAGAAGGAACAGGCCAAAGGCUUUGCCAAUAUCACCACCAUUGAUCAGGCUCGCGGCACAGUGACCAUUGCACCACCAAAGCAAGAUGCUCCUCCCAAGACCUACACUUUCGAUUGCUCCUUCCCCUCGGACGUGCGACAGCUCGACGUGUACAACAAGGUAGCCCGACCCAUCGUUGACUCGGUGCUCGAAGGUUACAAUGGCACGGUUUUUGCGUACGGUCAGACCGGUACCGGCAAGACAUUCAGUAUGGAAGGUGAUCGCUCCGUGCCAGAGCUCAAGGGCAUCAUUCCCAACAGCUUUGCGCAUAUCUUUGGUGAAAUCUCCAAGGCUGAGGGCCAAACGCAGUUUCUGGUGCGGUGUUCCUACCUUGAAAUCUAUUGCGAAGACGUCACAGACCUCUUGGGCAAGGACCCUACGGCCAAGCUUCAGGUCAAGGAGCACCCUGACACUGGCGUCUACGUCAAGGGUCUGUCUGAUUACUCGGUCAAGAGCGUGGAGGAGAUGGAAGCCAUCAUGACGCGUGGCAACAAAAACCGCUCGGUCGGCGCUACUAAUAUGAAUGAGCACUCGUCGCGCUCUCACGCCAUCUUCACCAUCACUGUCGAGCGCUCUGAACCCGGCCAGGAUGGUGAGGAGCACGUCCGAAUGGGCAAGUUGCACUUGGUGGAUCUCGCGGGCUCCGAGCGCCAAUCCAAGACUGGUGCGGAGGGAGAUCGUCUCAAAGAGGCAACCAAAAUUAACUGGUCCCUUUCAGCGCUGGGCAAUGUCAUUUCAACACUGGUGGAUGGCAAGAGCAAACAUAUUCCUUAUCGUGACUCGAAACUGACUCGUUUGCUUCAAGAUUCCUUGGGUGGCAAUGCCAAGACGCUCAUGAUUGCCACGUUUGGCCCUGCGGAUUACAACUACGAGGAGACCAUCUCCACCUUGCGCUAUGCAGACCGUGCCAAGCGCAUCAAGAACAAGCCGAAGAUCAACGAGGACCCGAAGGAUGCGCUGCUGCGCCAGUAUCUCGAGGAGCUACAGGAGCUCCGUGCUCAGCUGGAAGGUGAAGGCGGGUACGUUGGCUCUGACGAUGAUGAAGACGAAGAGGAGGAUGAUGAGGAGGGCUCGGGUGCUGUUGGUUGGGACGGUCAAAAACUGCGCAAGCCUCGCCGAAAAAGCCGUGGCAAGAAACGGCCCAUCUCGCCCUCAAAGGUCAAGCAGAUUCAGGCAGAGAUUGAUCGUGAGCGAGAAGCCCUCAAGCUGCAAUCAAACAUGGCCGCGGAGGAGAAAACCAAAGCCGAGCAGGCUCUGAGGUCUCGAGAGCAAGAUCUUGAGCGACAACGUGCUGAGCGUACCAAACUGCAGCAACAGGUGGCCGCGGUGGAAUCCAAACUGGUUGUGGGUGGCGUCAAUCUGCUCGACAAAGCCAGCAAGCAACAAGAAUUGCUUGAACGCGCUCAGACAGAGUUGCAAGCACGCGAGGCCGAGCAGAUGGUUAUUGCCCAAGCUCUGGACGACGUGGAGCAAGAGCAACUGGAUCUCGAACAAAAGUACAGCAGCCUUGAGGAGGAGAAGGAGGGCAAGUCAAAAAAGCUCAAGAAAGUCUACGACAUGUACCUUUCGGCCAAGGCAGAGAUGAAGGAGUUGGAAGAUGAUUUCAAUCAGCAGCUGGAAGGGCUGAACGACAUCUGUGCUGGCAUCGAGCUUGACGUAGAGCUGUGCGACAUGAUUCUGAGUCGCUGGGUUCCUCCCGAGUACCAGAACGUGAUCGAGCGCCUCGCGGUAUGGAACGAGGCCAUUGGUGAUUGGCAGAUUCCGGCACUGCCACACACGGGCAACAACAUUCUCAAGACGAAUCCACAGCCGGUUGAGCGAGCGCCGACACCGGUGCGUGCUCGCUGCUUCGACACUUGGUCCCACUCGCACGCACGUGAAUUUUGGCUGGCCUUGUCGUUGGGGUCCGACGCGCUGACCAUCCUUGUGUGUCUCUGCUUCAGCCCAUGGAAGUGCACGUUCAGCCACAGCUCAUGCAGUAUGCUUCAACUGUCACAAGUGACGCCUCGACGCGGUGAGAGUUUUCCUGCUUGA